UACAGCCCAUCCAUAACCUAGGUUUGUUUCCUUCUGCGGCCGCUCCACUAGAAAGCUGCUCUGAUCAUCGUCGGCAGCUGGUGGCAGUGAGAAGAAAAUCACAAGCUCCGUACUUUGAUGCGAUUUCUUAUGAUCCCUUUUAGAAUUCUCCCUGGGCUUGGCCGACGGGCGCUGCCAGCACUGUUGGGUUUCAGGUCAUACUCAGUGGACACGGCGGAGUACGCGCGGAGAAACUAUGCUAGCAACAUCUCUGAAUACAACACCGUUAUCGGAUCUCUUAUCGCCCAGAGGAGGGGAAACUUGCUUAGAGAUGUAUAUGAUGACAUGAUGCUCGAUGCUGUCCAGCCGCUGAGGGACACCUUCCACUUGCUCAUAGUUGGAGCAAUGAAGGGAAAUCGCCUACAGGACGCCUUUUUCUUCCGAGAUGAGAUGAAAUCCAUGGGGCUGCCGCCAGAUGUUAACCUCUACAAUUUCUUGAUAUCCGCAUGUGGUAGAAGCAAGAAUUCUGCCACAGCCAUCAAGCUUUUGGAGGAGAUGAAGAAACAUGGGGUAAAACUUAAAGGGGAGACUUACAUUUGCCUGCUCAAUGCCUGUGCAGCAACGGGGCGAACGGAUCUAGUUUAUGCAAUUGUUCGCGACAUGACUGCUGCUGGUCUGGGCUUGAACAAAUUCUGCUAUGCUGGACUUAUAACAGCUUUUAAAAACAAGCUUCCCACUACAGAUGAGACUACAUCAAAAAUCAUCGAGUUCGUCAAACAGUCAAAGGGGUGGUCUUCUAUUGAGACAUCAAGUGAUGGUGGAGAAAAUGUGAUGAUGAAUGUGUCGGAGGAAGAGCUAUACAACAUUCCCACUGCAGAAUAUGUGCAUAGAAGGGGUUUUUUGAAUAGGCAGCUAACAGUCUAUCAUGUUGCAUUGCAUGCAUGUGCAGAUUUGAAGAGUAAAGAGACGAUGGAAACAAUUCUUAACAUGCUUACAGAGGAUGGACUUGCUUAUGAUUUAUUUAUUGUCAUGCAAGCAAUCAGGUGUUAUUGUCUUUGUGGGGAAAUUGAUUCUGCUGUGAAAAUGUUUGAAGAUUGCACAAACUCGAGAGCACCUGCAGCUGAGUUGUACGUA